CCCAUACUGACAUCCGUAGAGCUAGCGUCACGCUGCUAGAAGACAGUCGGCGACUCAGUUUUUGCUGUCUUUUUUUGAAUGGACGAGAACUCCAAGAUUUUUCUGCAAGAAAAAACAUGGUAGAGUGGCACAGUUGAGCACUGACCUGACCUACAGGGGGCAGCGAUGAACAUGUCCCAUUGCAUCUGAGAGCCACAUCGCAAGAGAAUGGGGAACUCGUAUGCUGGCCAGCUGAAGUCAGCCCGCUUUGAGGAGGCGCUCCACAGCUCCAUUGAGGCCUCCCUGCGCUCUAGCAGCGCAGCUCCGCGCCCCUUCUUCACCCAGCUCUACCUGGAGCCAGAGCAUUACCGCGGCAACCCCGAAGACAUGAAGCCCAGGAUGGAGAUCUCCCUGCAGUACUCGGAGCGGACUGGCCAGGAGCUCCGCCCCAGCCAAGCCUCCAACAGCACCAAGGAGGAGGACAUGGAGGAUGAGGAGGAGGACGAGGACGAGGAAGCCUCCGACCCCAGCGCCACCCCCAUCCCUUACCUACAGGGCCCUCCCCCUGAUGGCUCCUGCACCCUGGACGGGUUCUGCCAGGCCGGGAAAGACCUGCGUCUGGUCUCCAUGGGGACGGAACAUAUCGAGGUUCCUGCCGGGUUUGAACUAGUUGGGGCUAAGUCACCCAACAUCCCCGGACACAUACUGGUCUGCUUAGUGGACAGGCGCUUUCUGCCGGACGACAACGGGAAAAAUGCACUUUUAGGAUUUUCAGGGAAUUGCGUGGGUUGUGGGGAGAAGGGGUUCCGCUACUUCACGGAAUUUUCAAACCACAUCAACCUGAAGCUGGCCACACAACCUAAGAAACAGAAGCACUUAAAGUACUACCUUGUGCAGAACUCUCAGGGUGCUCUGUGUAAAGGACCACUCAUCUGCUGGAAAGACUGUAAAACAAAGCAGUCCGGCAGUACUGUUUCCCCGUCAAAGCCCAGCUCCUCAUCCUCACCAAAAAACCAGGAUAAAGGGGUGACGAGCGGCCGUGACUCCUCCCCCUUCUCUCCCUCAGAUUCCCUUCUGACUGGGAGCCAAUCCACAACUACCACCGGACCACGUGUGGGCCAGGACCUGGCGAGGGAGUGCCUAUUCCCCAAACCAAGGGACUCGACCCCACCCCAAGGGACCAAGACUUUGCCUAUAGUUCCCACUGCUCUGCGGGUUAAUGGCCUGACCAGCAGCUUGACUAAUGGAGGAAGAGUGGGCAUGCUAAGCCCCUCCAUAGCCCCACCCACAGGGACCCAGGCCAUCAGCCAGAGCACUGGAUACCGAAUGCCUGAACCAGCCCAGCACAACUCAGCUUCGUCCGCCAUGAACUCGGGCCCCCCUAAGAAGCGCCAUCGUAGCUGGCACCCGGGGUCUCCUGUGCCCGUCCCCGCUGCUCCAGCACCAGCCGUCAGGCCCAUGGCCCGUCUGUCGGAAUCCUACCCAGUCCCUACCCCUCGGUCACCGCCAUCAGGAGUCCUACAGCCCCAGCCCCUCCCUGCCGGAGAGACUGUCAUAGUCCCCGACAACCUCCUCAGCAUCUCUGGCGUCCGGCCCGUCAUCCUCAUAGGUUGUGGUACUUUACCAUACUUCUUUGGCAAUGUGGGGGACAUCGUGGUGAGCCCCCUACUGGUGAGCUGCUACAAGUGCGGACAACUGAGCGGGGAGAGCCUGGAGGAACUUGGUGUGCCGAGCGGCCAGCUUCCCAACACAGAGGUCAUGGUCCUGCUCACACUGCAGUACCUGGUGCGGCUAGGCCCGGACCACAUCCCGCUGCGGGAGGAGUUUGAGCAGAUCGCCCUGCGGGUGAUGCGGCAGGGCCAGGCCGGGGCGUCCGUGCCCCCGGCCCAGCUGGGCUGGCUGGCGCGUCUGGCGGCCAGCGUUUCGGGCGACUCGGUGCAGGUCCUGCUGGCCCACAGCUCGCUCGGGGAGGGCAUCUCCGAGGCGCUGCGCUCGCUGGGCGAGGCCCCGCGCCGGCCCCGUCGCCCCGACUACGUGGCGGUCAUCUGCGCCUCCCCGGAGCGCGGGACAGAGUUCUGCGUGCUGGUGCUGGGAAAGUACCAGUCCAGAGCCCUGGCAGAGAGCAUGCUCACCACCAAUGAGCUCCUGAAGGAGAUCAGCUAUGAGCUCAUCACGGGCAAAGUCAGCGACCUGGCCUCCCACUUUAGAACCACCUCCCUAGGGGACAGCCUGGACAGGCAGCUGGCCAGAUUCCAGCAGAGGAGGGGUGAGCUGGUGACCCCACCCUUCCAUGCAGACAUCAGCGACUGCAUCCACACACAGGAGGCUGCAGCUAUGGUGCCCACUGCAGACUUGGAUCCAAUCACUGAGGCAUUUCAGAUCUACCCUCCGCAAGUGGGCGUGGCACACUGCCUCCUCUCCCAGGUCUGCUCCAUCUCUGAAUCAGCCAAUCAGAGCCUGGACCUGAGCCGCUUCUGCAAAGUGGAUUUCCUCGUACUGGUCCCGCCCUCCCAGGUGCUGAUGCACCAGACAGCACAGCGAAUCAGACAAUCGGGAAUUCUGACAGAUCUUGGUGUCGAGGACGCCGUCUCUGCCCAUCAGAAGUCAGACAAAUAUGUUGUUCGUCUGGAUAGCGAAGUCCACCCCAAAAUCGAGGCCUUUCUGCGGAGGGUCAGGCAGAAUCCCUGCACCCUCCACAUCCUCAUCCAUGACAACUCACAUGUAGACCUGACUAGCGCGCUCCUGGGCUCGGCCUGCCACGGCGAGCCGCAGGGCCUGGCCGACCGCGUGGUGAACUGCCAGGAGGUCCUGGAGGCCACCAACCUGCUGGUGCUCCAGGUCAGCUCCUUCCCCUUCACCCUGCAGACCCAGCAGACCCGCAUCAGCAUCCACAACGAGAUGCACUGGCCCCAGCACGACAGCCCGGGGGAGACCUCGCCCGAGGAGCAGGUGUACUUUGGCCUGAGCGACUACAGCCGCUCACUGCAAUGGGGCGUGGCCAGCCCCAUCCUGCGUUGCGACGACGCCUUUGAGAAGAUGGUCAACGCCCUGCUGGACAGGUCAGUCUUCAACAGGCACCUCCACCUGCACAGCAUGGUGGUGCGCAGCUACCUGCUGAUCCAGCAGUACACCGAGGCCCUGAUGGCGCUGAUGGCCGCCCCGGCGCUGUGGGACCACACCACCCCCGAGACGCGGGCCAUCGUGGAGGACCUGAUCGGGUCCCCGGGGCGGGGCCAGGGCGGGCGGGGCCACAUGCUCCUGCUGCGGGUCCCCUCCCUGCAGCUGGCCAUGCUGGCGCGCGAGCGGCUGGAGGAGGUGCGCGACAGGCUGGGGCUCCAAUUCCGAUUCGCCGUGCUGCUGGGAAGCCCCGCCUCCGAGCUCAGUCUCCCGCCCCAUUUCAUCGCCCGUCUAAAGGCUUGGCGGGGCUGUGACAGUGAGGACUGGGUGCCGCACACCUAUGAGGACCUGGAGGGGCUGCCCUGCAUCGUCAUCCUGACUGGGAAGGACCCCCUGGGAGAGACCUUCCCAAGAUCUCUGAAGUACUGCGACCUGCGCCUGAUCGACUCCAGCUACCUGACGCGCACCGCGCUGGAGCAGGAGGUGGGCCUGGCCUGCACGCACGUGUCCGGGAGGGCCAAGCAGGAGCCCUGGGGGCCCGCGGAGGCGGAGGACGGGGGCUCCAGCACCACACCCGGCCCCAGCGACCCCGACGACCUCGCCAUGGAUCUGGAGAGGCCGCAGAGCAACGGCAGCGCCGUCACGGGAACCUCAGGCUCCGUCACAGAGAAUGGCGUGAGCUCCUCCACCCAGAAGCCCUCCACCUCCAGCUGCGCCUCUGGGCCUGGUGGUGCGGAGGCAGAGGAAGGGGGCGUCGCCCACGGGGGGGUUAAACAGGAGUGCGACUCCCAGGGCAGCCAGCUGUCCAGCCCCAACUCCUCGGCCCCCCAGUCCACGUACUCCUCUCCCUCCUGCUCCUCCUCCUCCUCCCCCUCCUCGCCCUCGUCCUCGGCCCAGCGGCCCAGCCAGUCCAGCCAGCCCCCCCGCUGCGGCAGCCCCCUCGCCGCCACGCCCCGCACCGUCAUCCUGUCGCGGGCCGCCUACAGCCUGCUGGCGGGCGAGCGCGGGGGCCAGCUGCGCUCCUCCUCCCUCCUCCCCCACGCCGACGUGGCCUGGAGCAGCCCCCUGCGGCCCCCCCUGCGCCAGGACGUCCCGGGGCCCGAGCAGUCCCUCUAUUACCGCAAGUGGACCAGCGCCCGGCAGCACCACGCCGACCACAGCAACCAGGCGGGCCACGCCGGCCCGGUCCCGCCCCACCCCCGCCGCCUCAUGCUCAGUGGACCACCGCAGGUGGGAAAGACUGGGGCCUACCUGCACUUCCUGCGCGUCCUGUUCCGCAUGCUGAUCCGCCUGCAGGAAGUGGAGGUUUAUGACGAGGACGAGCUCGGAGCUGACCAAGUGGAGAGCUCACAGACCACGCUACCCACCAGCAUGAAGUGGCCAGACGUUGAAGAGAUCCAAAAAAUGGCCUUUGACCUUUUCCCUCGAGAUCCCAAGUUCAGACGGGCCAGCCCCAUUUAUAGUGAAUGCAUGCCGAAGUCCGCACAAGGCCAGAGCUCUGAAACCAAGCAAGAGGGGCCUGCUAAGCAUGGCACAAUGUCAGUGAUGUUGACAAAGUUUGCUGCCCACAAUGCAUUUCACCACUGCGAACAGUGCCAUCACUACAGAGAGGCAAGCCUUGUGACUCAGGUGUCGGACUACACCUUCCACUCAUACACCAUCAGCUCCGCCCGCCUGGGGGAGGAGCUCCAACUGCACUUUCUCAUUCCCAAGUCGAAGGAGCACCACUUCAUCUUCAGCCAGCAGGGCCGUCAGCUGGAGAGCAUGCGCCUUCCCCUGGUCUCCGACAAGGGCCCUGACCUGCUGAAGAGCCCAAUCUUCACCCCCACCAGGGGGCGCCAGGAGCAUGGUCUGCUCAACAUCUUCCAUGCUAUGGAGGGUGCUGCCCAUCUGCACAUCCUGGUGGUGAAGGAGUACGAGAUGCCCCUCUACAGGAAGUACUGGCCUAACCACAUCCUUCUGGUGCUCCCCGCCUCAUUCAACAGUUCCGGAGUGGGAGCUGCCCGGUUCCUCAUUAAGGAGCUGUCCCACCAGAACCUGGAGCGGGAGAGGAGCCGCCAGGAGGCGCAGGGGAGGAGGAGGAAGGACGUGUGGCCCUUCGUGGUCAUGAUGGAUGACUCGUGCGUGCUGUGGAACACCCAUCAGCCCCAGGAACAGAGCAGUGACGCGGUGGAGGGGUCGCACGGCUACACCAACGUCUCACUCAAGGCCGUGCUGCAGCACAUGGAGGCCACGCCCAAGAUCACGCUGUACGCCCUCUGCGGGGUGCGCAAGUGGAGCAGCCAGCUGGCCGCCCGGCGCGGGACCGCCCCCUUCUCCCGGUGCCACCUGCACCACUUUGUGAUGCUCAACGUGGACCUGACGCAGAACGUCCAGUAUGACCUGAACCGGUACAGUUGUGAGGAGGUGGACUUUAACCUGCAGGCCCACAGCAGCGGCCUGCUCCUCUGCCGCUUUAACAGCUUCAGCCUGAUGAAGAAGCGCAUCCCUUCAGGGGGACACAGGGACUUCAGCGUCACGCCCAAGAUCCUGGUGUCAGAGAACCCGGCCCCCAUCAGCCCUUCCCAGUACGUUUGCGCCCCGGACAGCGAGCACAUGCUGCUCGCGGCCCCGCCCCACUUCCUGCUGGAGAAGUUCCUGCAGCACAGCGGCCACAGGCUCUUCCCCAAGGCAGUGCGCAACCACAGCCACCCGCUGCUGUCCAUCGACAGCUACCUCAACCUCGGUCCUGAGGUGUUGGUGUGUUACGUGAGUUCGCGGCCGCAGCCUGCCUGCGUGGAUCACCGGGGCGUGGUGUUCAGUGGGCUGCUUCUGUACCUGGCCGACUCAUUCGUGGUCCCGAGCCUUCUCAGCAAGUUCCGGUUCCUCAAAGGUGCCACGCUGUGUGUGAUCUCACAGGACCGCAGCUCCCUGCGGCAGACCAUCGUCAGGCUGGAACUGGAGGACGAGUGGCAGUUCCGUCUCCGGGACGAGUUCCAGACGGCCAACUGCAGCGAGGAUCAGCCCCUCUACUUCCUGACGGGCCGGCACAUCUGACCCCGCCUCUCUGAACCCCCGCACCCCGACCCCGCCCUCCACCUGCCUAACCCCGCCCUCCUUCCUCCCCGCAAGACGAUAAUCACUUGCGGAGAACGUGUCCGGCCGGGCGCCGGACCAACAAUCAUUUCCCGUGGCCGGAGCGGAAGAGCGGCCAGGCCCAGCGGCCGCCGAUCUCCAGCCAGCGCAGACGUGCACGCUCUGCACACUCCAUGCUGCACUAUAACGGGGACCUACGCGGACCCAGACUCGUGAGGACCCCCUCGGGCGUCCUCCGCCUGUCCCGACUGCAAUUCAGAGUACGACCCUCAGCAAUGCAAAAUCAUGGGCCGAAGCAAGGCCGAGGGAGGGUCUUUUUCUUUUCUUUUUUUUGUUUAGUUUUUUAUUUUAUUUUUUUUGCACGGUUUUCCCAGGAGCUGACUUGAAUGUUAUUUUUGUGUGUUUUAUUUAUGGGAAGGACUCUUAUGUGUUGCAAACAGGGAAGCCCCGCCCCAGCUGUUGUAUAUCCUGUACUCAACGGACACUCUCUCUCAGGGUGUAAAUGUGGCUUAAGUUAGGUGUUACUUUUUAAGGCAAAGUAAUGGACGCUUUGAAUGUCACUGUUUUCGCAUUGUGUUGAGCAAGGUUUCGCAACAUCUGGACUUCAGAGAUAAGGCACCAUCUCUGACUCUGUAGUAUUCUUCUUUCCCCCCCCUCCUCCACACAUGCGGAGGCCAGCAAGCAUCCAUCAAACAACACUGCCACAGGAGUAUGUCAUGAAUCAAACCGUGACCAAAGACUAGCCUUGAGCAAAGUCAAAACCUCUUUGGGAUGCCAAACGAUGCAGUAUGAACGCAUUUUACUGCUCUUUCUAUUGUGCCUUCAAUCUUACAACCUGGCAACCCUCACCACACAGACCCAGCCUCUUGUAGUUUUACAUUUAUUAUUUUAAGCACAGUUGCUAACAAAUGACUAAUGGCUCUGGCUAGUGGGAAGACUGGAUUUCAUGUGCUAGACUCUUUGCUGCCGUUUGGCUUGUGUCGUUCAGACCCGUGUCUGAAAAGUAUUUCAGACACGGUUCAUGCACUGCCUUAAGGGAGUGUCAUAACACUGGCAAAAGACAAAAUCCACCCCCCCCCCUUGAGUACAGCUAUCACUACCUUUGUGACUAACAGCAAGCUUUUGCCGUGUGCUUUGCCCAAACUGUUCUGUUUACACAUUACGUGCCUGUAGACCAGCUCUUGCAUAGUGUUACGUGCCUGAAAGUAUUGAUGGCUUCAGCUAUACCUCAUCUACCUGAAACCGAUUUUUAUUGCAAACACAGGUUUUUCUCACAGAAACCUGAGACUGAGGGAGAAAAAGCUGUUUACUGCAGUCAUCACUAGGUCAAAUCAACAUGCAGAUUUAUAAAUACCCACCAACGGGGGUAGGAAUAUUUCUGUAUGUAAGUGCACAGGGUAUUCCGUACAAUAUGCCUUCUGUCAUUUUCCUGCCUAGAUUUAAUAGAGCUCUGAUUGCAAGUCCUUACUUUUUGAAAGAUAUGUAUACAUAUCAGUAUUUACAGACGCUGUUCAGGUUCACUACUUUAAUCAGGGGUAUUCAACCUGAAACACUCUCUGGUCACAUGUCAUGUUCUCCUGUUGUGUCAUGCUUUAACCACUUUUCUGUAAUUUUCAGUAAAAAUGGGAUCAUGCUGUAAGUUUAAAUGGUAAAAACAGUGGAACUAGGUCAAUAAAAAUCUGAAACUAAUUUAUGACAGGGACACCCUCACUGAAUUUCUUGAAAUGAAGCUAAAAGAUUCCGAUCUUUCAGUGUACUGCCUUUGUCAGUGAGUGGGUUACUCUGAUGGGGAGUUUUAAACUCAUGUGGGCAAAUUCAUUCGGUCCACCUUUCAUACAAAAAAAAUCAAAGGGCACCAUAUCAAGUUUUACACCAUGUCAGUUUGUAAAAAGGGAAAUGAUUCAGUCUAGCCCAUUGUGCUCAGGGCAUCCACACGUAAGCUGUUUUGAGAUGCCUACCUUGACUUUCACAUAGUGUGAUGUCAUGUCAUUCCACUUCAAAUAAUCUGAAACCACAACAUAAAACUGUGUGGAUCCUAAACAGUGUGUGGGAAAUAACGGUAUAUCCUGUGUCUUGAUGGGGUCACCUGGCACGUUUUACAGAAAUUGAUACUAUCAUAAAAUGUGAUAAGCUUUGUUUACAUUAUAAGAAAACUAGUACACUAAACCAAACCUAGAAAUGUUAAGGGUUUUGUGAUUUUGUAGUCCAUGGUCACUUUUUUCCGGCAAAUAUUGAUAAUGAAAAUAUUACUGUUUUGUGAUGGCUAAGGCACAAAGGAUCCAGGAUGAGAUUCAUUGUUGUGUCAUUUAUGGGUAACUCUUGCAUUUCUGUUAUUAGAAAUAUUUUAUUUAAAUGAGAUUCAGUCAUGUUUUUUAAUGGAUUCAUUAUUACUGCACAAGCUAUCUUGAACUGAUAAUCAAGCUUUUUCUUAUGGAGGUAGCCAUACAGUGUUUGCCCAAGCUGCAUUCUGUAGUCCUUUUAAGCUUGGUUGAAACCUGCAGCAGUAGCUUUGCUCAGCACUGUUUGGGUAUUAUUUUCAUGCUGGUACAUUGCGGGGUAUGUGGUAGUUUGCUGGCUGUGUAUCUUAUUUGUGUCCCGAUUAGGCAUUGUCAGUAUGGCCCUGUUGACUGCUUUGGACUGAUCAGGAUGUUUCAGUGAAUGGAAGAUUUAUGAACAGUAAAUUAGACUAGAAUCACCCAGCCACUGUGCACGUACGCUGCCAAAAAUUCAUUCAUAAGUGAAUGUGCAAUACAUUCAAAUCCGUUAUUAGUGCAACAAAAAAAAAUUAUAGCAGUGCCCAUCUAAAGAAACAAUCUGACCGUUAAAACUCAACGUUUAACAAGAAGAUGGCAUGUUACACAAUUUGCUUUUCAAAAUGUCGUAUGUAAUUGCUGUUGGUUUUAAAUAAAUAUUGUAUUUGUUUCCUUUUUAUACCAACGGCGUCCUUGUCGCCUGAGUGAUCUACCUCAUGUUUACUGUUUCGUUGAUUCUGUGAACACACGACUUAGAAUUGUGAUGUUUUUUUUUUUUUUU